CGCUCCCGCGUUGUUUUGGGAACGUUCGGUAUCCCAGUGAGCACGCGCUUCCCGGACCGUAGCUGCCCGUCAUCGCUGGCGCUGACAUCACACGGAGGAUUUGCUACAAUGUCAAACACUCACAAGCAGCGCGAGCUCAUGGCUUCCCCGCGCCACAAUGACAAACACCGCCGCGUCCUGCUGCUCAUCCUCUAAAUACACAACUACGACCACCGUCCAUGGCUUUAUUCCGCGGUUUCGGACAGGAUGCGUUUGAGCAGGUCUAUGUGAGUGCGUGAGCCAGGUCAGAGGUCAUGUUGCGGAGGGAAUCCGACUCCCACGGCCUCUUUACCUUUGGAGAGACGUCCGGCAAUGACUGUGAGGUGAGGCUGUUUAUUUAUACCUGCUACCGGCAUACCUCUUAAAUCUGCAUGUGGCUCUAAAGUAGGCUGCAGUUGACACAAAAGGUAACCGAAGGAACCCACAGAUCCAGUUGCUGAACAGAGAUUAAAACUUUUGCCAGUGAUAACCAACAGCCAGGCUCAUCCCAGGUCAUGUGACAGUGAUAUUGCUGUACCUUAUAUGGGGGCGAGUUGCAGAGAGGUAGAUGUAGCGUGUCUGUGCGAGGCCGGUCCCUGUACACUUUAUUCAGAAGCACACACGCCUACGCCGGACACGCGGCUGUGUGAACGCUGUGGAAAAAACAAAGUGAUGGUAACCAGGUACUCUGAGGGAUACGGCACAGAGGAGGAGUGUGUGUUAUCUGACCCUCAGGGAGAGAGUGACGCAGAUGCGGAUAUAGAGGAUACAGACUGCAGACUCCAGGAGCCUGGUUCUCUCCAGCGAAUCAGCUCACGGAGACGGAAACGUCCUCGAGUAGCGCGACAAGACACCACGGAGAGCGAGGAUGAUGGCGGGCGAAGCCAUAGAUCCCAUCGAUGGAAUCUCAGGCUUAGUCCUGACAGAGCACACAGCAGAACCAUACUCGAGGAGAGCAUAUCACAGGUCAGGCCACUGAUCAUCUGCAGGCCGAAUGUGGAGAAGCAGAAGAGUCCAGAUGAGGUGACCCAAAGCUCCAAACUGGCGUCUCUGUGGCCGUCAUCCUUCUCUCUUCCUCUUAUCCUCCUCCUGUCAUUACCUCUCUCUGUUUCUCUCAUUGUUUUUAUCGUGUCUUUCCUCCUUCCGUGGGCCAGCGCUUGACCCGCCAUGUCUGCUUCAGGAUAUUAGUUUCAUUCCAGAAAUUACAGAAAGUUCUACCGACUCAUACAAUGUAGGGGAAAGCGUAAUUUCUUUAUAAACGAGUAGAAAGACUUGAAGAUAAUAAUAGAUUAGCAAUACUGAAUUUGUGUUCAAUGUUUCUUUUCCUCCUUUCUUUAAAUAUCUUGACUUUAAGCGAAGGUCGUCCCUCGAAACCAAAAAGGCACUGAGAAACUUUCAUAACGCGGCGCAUUUUGAUGGAGAAUGUGCUCACAGUGAACACAACACAAACUCAGCUCCUGCCUCUGUCUCAUAAAAUCUCACCUUCCGUCUCACUUUUCCUCACCCCCUCGUUUGUAAAAAUAGACCUCUCAUCUCGCUCCUUAUUCUAACAAGCCACAGGAGUGACACAUUGGGGGGGGGGCAAGGUUUUAUGGCUGUGCAGGUACUUUUAAAAAGGAAACUAGGAGGCUCAAUAGAAAAACCUGCGAAAGACAAUGCUGCCGAACUAUGCAAUCCCUCUGUUUCUACCGCGGCAUCUUAACUGCUGUUCGAGUACGUCUCCUAUGUCCUUGGCACUGUCGACACCUUUGUGGCCCCCCGUCCCCUUUUCUUCCUCUGAGGAAUACAGUUUGUGAAUGCAGGGACUCGAUGGUUCCAAAGUAGAGCGUGACCCAAUUUAAAAUGCAAUACCAGGAGAGAUCUGAUACAGCUCCCAUCUUGUAUGAUCUACAGCACAUCUGUUAUAACGAAUGAAUUACAUGUAUUACUUUACGCGCUGCAGACCUCAAAAUAAAAUGAGCUUUGGUGGCAGUGGGUUACAGCAGUUUGGACACUAUUUCACAGUCUUACAGUCAUAUUUAAGAAUGUUUAUGUAAAUUAUGAUUUAAGAGGACUAAGCUUGACAAUCAGUCAUGCUGUUUAUUUCAAGCUGGAAUAUCUAGAAAACGCCAUUUUUUGGCUUGUCCGUACUGUACAUUUCAUUUUAUGUUGUUUUGUAUGUGUUUUGAAGUUAGGAUUGGUUUUUUUCUUCCCCACGUCACACUACUGAUGCUUGCUUGCCUGUAGAAAAAUGAUCAUUUUAGGUUAAUAUCAAGUUGCACUGUUAGUUUUAGAGAUUUUUCUCUCCUAGUUUGUUGUUAUGUUGUAGUCUUACAUUUUAUUUCUAUAUGUUUACCUCUGUGUUUCAUGGGGCCCAGAAAUUCAAUAAAACUAGAUUGUAUUUUGACA